AUGCAUAGCUCGGCAGACACAAAGCCAGGGCCAGACUCCGACCUCGAACUGGUAGCCCUCGAGCCCGCACUGCCCGCUGAAAAGCCCCUCCGCAACGCUAGCGACAUCACUGGGGAAGAGUCACUCCAGUUCAAUAGAGACACCGUCACCCUCGUCUUCCGCGGCGGCCGCUUCCGCCUCUUGCACCAGCAGCAAUUCCGGAACAGUCUGCUCGCAAGCGUGGGAUAUCUGGAGCUCGCGAACGCGGCGGACUUCGCGGCCAACGUAUGGAACCAGAUCCCUGUACCGACCUUUGCAGCUGUGCUAAUGGGUAUCGGCGGCACAUGUGCUCUGGGCAUGGUAUUCGUCGCGGUGCAGGAUAUUCGGCUGAGCUGGCGGAACGUGAAGCUUCUUCGUGCGGAGCGGGAGAACCUGAAGCGACUGCGGCAGUAUCAUGUCAGGAACGUGGAAUUGGACCAGCUGCUGGAGAGCAAGCUGGGCGUGAGCGACCGAGAAAUCGGCACCGAGGUCGUGGAUCGCAUCGCGAUGGAUUGUCUUCUCGGUUUCGGCUCGGUGUUGGUAGGCGUGGGCACCCUCAUGGCCAUCGGCGGCGCCAACCCGCGCGUUUUUAAAGCCAGUAACCUGCUAUCCGGGUACAUCGGUAAUGGACUGGCCGCGCUUUUUGGCCUGGUCAACGCUAUCUGGUCUGCUUACUUACUCUGCCGCUUUCACCUGCACCUCCGAGCGGCACGGGCGGCGCUGCCGAGUGAUCAUAUCCGCUGGCGGCUGCACACCCGCAUCCGCCGGUUCCAGUGGCACGCGUUCGUGAACGGCCUUAAUGGUCUCGUGGCCGGGGCGGGGUCCCUAGUCACGGCGGAGCGGUGGUGGGGGUAUGUCGUGCUCAUCCCGUGCAUCAUCUCCCUGAUCGCGAUCAACUACUUUUGGCGGAAAAAGCUCGGCUACGACAGGCCACUAUUGAUGGGCGCUUCGAUUGCACGCACGCAGUUGAUGCCGGUCGUCGAACAGCUGGAGUAUGUGAUCGCCAUGCAGCGUGCCUUCGCGGAGCCGGACACUGCCCUGCCAAAGCUCGUGAAGACAGACUCGCUGGAGUCGAUGCUGCGCUUUAUAGUGCACAAUCACAUGCUGGAACCGUACUGCGAAUCUCUGGUCCAUGAUAAACAGGCCCGAUCCCUCUUGCAAGAUCUCCGAGGCACAGCCAGCACACCACAUGAAAUCACCAUCUCGCUAGAUGCGCUCCUUCGCCUCUCCACCUCCCGUACUAAAAACACUAGUCUUCUCCUGACUCAUGCAAUUUGCUUCCUUCGUAAAGACGGAGUCCGCAUCUUCAUACAUCGCGAGCGCUAUCUCCUCGAGUUAUUGGGCUACGCUGCUUGGCGGGAUCACACAGCGGCCGCUGCGGGUGGUGCUCCGGGAGCAACGAUAGAAACCAAGUAA